CGCUGCACGCACGUUACGUUAGCAGCAGCGAAAGAAAGGCACGCACGAAAGUUAUAUCUGAGCAGUGUCGGGCGGUUGGUACAUUAUUUGGACAUCGGUGUCUGCCGUGUGUGUGCGGUUAGCGUGUGUUUGUGUUGUGGUCCGGCCGUGGAUGUGUCGUCGGCCGCCGAAGGAGCUGCGGAAGGGUCGCUCGACGCAGCAAAAAGAGUGAUGUGACAAUAUGCACAUAAGCGCGUCCGAAAAUGCGACUCUUGAGCAUGGCGACCCACAGCAGGAGCAACUUCCCGCUCGACAGGAAUUUCAUCAACGCACUCAGCGUGCCUCCUGAAAGCAGGAGCAACCAGGAUUUGCAACACAUCCUGAUUGGCCUGCGGAAGUUGGAGGUGCUUCCUGACAGCGCCCUCCACUCGGUCUGCAGAGUCGUCCGCUAUGAAAGACACGAAGGCAACGACGUUUUGUACUACACCGGCGAGGUGGCCACCUGCUGGUAUGUGCUGCUCAGCGGCUCGGUCUACAUCGAUGGCUCCAUGUUCCUGCCCAGACACAGCUUCGGCAAGCGGAAUGGCGCGAGCACGCGGCGGCCCAACGAGUGCUUCGUGCUGGAGCCGUCGGACAUGCUGGUGAUUGAUUAUCCGGAUGCGGGACAGCACUCUUCUCGGAGCAGGGCAAUGAACUACGAAGCGCUAGGACCUCUGCGUCCGGAGAUGUUCCUCAAGUCGAACCGCAGCUCGCACUCGAGCGACACCAGCUCGGCCUACUCAGGAUCAGACACAAUGCACAGCGUGCAGAGCUCCCUGGACGCCGAGGAGGUUGACCUCACUGGCCUGGUCGAGUCCGUCGUCGACUCGGACGAGGACGAUGACUGUGCCGAGAGCUUAGACAGCAUGACUGUGCGGGACACGGUCCGCGAGUGCCUGGAGAAGGACCCGUCCGAGCGGACGGACGAGGACAUCGAUCAGCUGCUGGAGCUGACGCAGCACCUCAAGGCGUUCACCAACAUGACGCUGGCCGUCCGGCGAGCCCUUUGCAUGGUCAUGGUGUUUGCCGUCGUGGAAAAGGCGGGCACCAUUGUCAUGAACGAUGGCGAGGAACUCGACUCUUGGAGUGUCCUCAUCAACGGACAUGUCGAGGUCGAACUGUCCAGCAAAGAGACGCAGCAACUCCACAUGGGCGACUGCUUCGGAAUUACGCCUACGAUGGAGAAAUUGUACCACAGAGGUGUGAUGAAGACUAAAUGUGAUGACUGUCAAUUUGUAUGCAUCACUCAGGAAGCAUACUACAGAAUUCAGCACCAGGGUGAAGAAAAUAUCAGAAGGCAUGAAGAAGAUGGAGAGGUAGUUUUAGUCACGGAACAGAGGGUCAUAGAAGGUGGAAACCGCCGGGGUCACAUUGCCAUUAGAGGAACACCAGCGCGUCUGAUGCAACACUUGAUCGAGGAAAACUCGAUCAUCGAUCCGACUUAUGUGGAGGAUUUUCUCCUCACCCACAGGACAUUCAUCGAGUCCACACUCUCCGUGGCUCACCAAUUGUUGCAGUGGUUUGAGCGACCAGAGUCAAGAGACAAAGUGACUAGGGUAGUGCUUUUGUGGGUCAACAACCACUUCACAGACUUUGAAAUGGAUCCCUCGAUGAUGGAGUUUCUCGAAAUGUUCGAGGAGCGACUCGAGAGGGAGAAAAUGCAGGGUCAGUUGCGCCUUUUGAACAUUGCUUGUGCGGCAAAGGCGAGGACGAGGAAUGUCACUCUUGCCAGACCGGAUAGAAACGAAAUUCUCCAGUUCUCCAUUUUGGGGGGCUACGAGAGAGGCUGUGGCAUCUUUAUUUCUAAGGUCGACAAAAAGUCAAAGGCAGAGGAAGUGGGGUUGAAGAGGGGAGACCAAAUUGUGGAAGUCAACGGCCAGAACUUUGAGCAUGUGGCUCACGCCAGAGCUCUGGAAAUCCUUCGGGGCUCGACGCAUCUCAGUAUCACAGUCCGAUCGAAUCUCCUAGCUUUAAAGGAGUUGUGCCAAAACAACGAAUCAGCAACGCCUCGACCUAGAACAGUCCAGAGAACUUCAGAGCUAUCAAUUCCGAAGCCAAACAAUACCGUGCGCUUGUCGACAGCCUUCGACGACUCGACGCCGAUCAAGGACCACAAGGGUCACAAGGGCGGCUUCAUGACCAUGAACACCAAGAAGCGACUGCAGAAGGCGCUGGCAAACUUCUUCCCUCGCACGGCCAACGAAGCGGAGAACCACCCCAUGGGGCACAGUCUCAGUAAUCCAGACCUAGUCAGUCUUUGUUGGGCCGAGGAAAGGGUUGAUAUUCCCGAACAUGUGCUAAAGGUUUAUCGGUCAGACCAGCAGUGCAAGUACCUGUUGGUGCACAAAGAGACAACGGCAAAGGAGGUGGUGAUGCUGGCGCUGCACGAAUUUGGCAACACCACCGAGGCGAGUUCCAAUUACAAUCUCUGCGAAGUGAGCGUAGGGGAGGGUGGCAUGAUCAAGCAACGCCGGCUGCUGGACACUCUGGCCAACCUGGCUGAGCGCAUCGGCCUCAGCAGCCGCUACUACCUGAAGGUCACCAACUCGACGGAGCCUCUGGUGCCGGACGAGAUGGCCAACGACCUCAUCAGGGAAAGCUCCGUCAACUUCCUGCAACUCAACGCCGUCGAGGUCGCCAUUCAGCUCACCUUGCAAGACUUCAAUAUUUUCCGACAGAUUGAAAGCACCGAGUACAUCGAUGACCUUUUCGAGCUGAAAUCUCGUUAUGGGAUGCCAAUGCUGGCCAAAUUUGGAGAGCUGGUCAACAGAGAAAUGUUCUGGGUAGUGACUGAGGUGUGUUCUGAGCACAAUCCACUCAGGAGGAUGCGAAUCAUCAAGCAGUUCAUCAAAGUUGCAAGACAAUGCAAGGAGUGUAAAAACUUCAAUUCCAUGUUUGCCAUCAUCUCUGGCCUGGGGCACCUGUCGGUGUCAAGACUGCGCUCCACGUGGGAAAGAGUACCUGGAAAAUACCAAAAGCUGUUCUCAGACCUGCAAGACCUGAUGGACCCCUCGAGGAACAUGUCCAAGUACAGGCAGCUCAUCAAUUCCGAACAGUCUCAACCGCCAGUGAUUCCAUUUUACCCGGUGGUGAAAAAAGAUCUGACCUUCAUCAAGCUGGGCAACGACUCAAAAGUGGAGGGCCUCGUCAACUUUGAAAAGUUGCGCAUGAUAGCCAAGGAGGUGCGCACCCUGGGCAGCAUGUGCUCAUCACCCUACGAUCUUUUAACAAUGCUCGAACUCGGCGGACAACCCCCUUCCUCUGCCAUGAGGGCAAUGAACCAGAUGAGCGCAGGAUCUCAACACCAGGCUGCUACUGUGAAGAGACGGAAGAAGUCGACCGCCGCACCGAACCCGAAGAAGAUGUUCGAGGAGGCGCAGAUGGUGCGUCGGGUCAAAGCGUACCUGAACAACCUACGGGUGAUCACUGACGAGGAGCGGCUGCAGCAGCUGUCGCUCGAGUGCGAGCCGCCGGCGUCGGCACCCUCGAGCGCCGCCCCUCGAAAACGACACCCCUCCCCCACCCUGUCAACCACUUCGACAACCUCCAGCACCUCGGCCACCAGGUUCGGCGCCGCCUCCCCUCAAGCGGUCCGCAAGAUGCUCGCCCUGGCGGACUCUUCGAAAACGCGGCCCCACCAACCCCCGAGGCUGCUGCCCCCCAGCCCCACGGGCUCGCGCAAGUCCGGCCACGAACGGUCCCACUCGGACACCCCGACCGCGGUCGACUUGAGUGCCGAGAGCAGCAGCGUCACCAGCCUCAGCAGGGCCAACAAGGACUCGGGGCUUUCCAUGCGCGAAUCUCCAGUAUCUCAACGCAGACAUUCCACAAUCGAGCCGAAGCCAAUGGGUCCGCCUCAAAACCCACCGAACCGGCCGCGGAGGCCCCCAGAGUACAACGAGGCGGCCAAAAUGCUGCGCGAACUGCGACUCCACCGAGCACAUUCCCACGAGGGCGUCACCAACUCGGACUACAACUAUUCCGAUGAUGACGAGGACGAGGGAGCGCAAGUUUCCGCCGUAUGAGAGGGGAGAAAAAUGGAAAGAAAGAGAAAAAAAAUCAUGUAUGCCAAAGAGGGUUAGUCCACAUUGUGACGUGCCCAUAUCACUAGACUUAAGCAGUGCGGCGAAAGACACUUUGCAGGAGUGAAUGCUCGUGACAAAUCGAUCCAAUUAAUUAACAUAUACAAUAUAUGAUAUACAUCUAUUUUGAAUCAAGACCAGUGUCUGUCUAAAUAUUAUUAAUGUGCAACUGUGAGAAAACGAACUACUUUUAUUAACUGACGGUCUUCGUUGUAGACGGCGGAAAGAGAGAAAUUAUGAUUUUUACCUAUUUGUGUGACAGUCUCAGUCAGAUGGAUGAUAAAUUUUUUAAAUCAUGUUUAAUUAAAUUAUUAAUUUUUUUAUCGCUCCUUAUCGUUGUGUACAAAAGCAUAUAUUUGAUGAUCACUGUGGAAAUGAAAGUUGGAAUCAAUAUUAAA